GUCAGACAACCAUUAACUAGCAGGGCCUUUAUUAAACAUAUUCUUGGAAUUAAUACAUACAUACAUAUAUAUAUUGCUUUUGAACAAAGUGCGCUAAAGAGAAGCACUAAAAUGAUUGCUAGUCCAGAUGAUCUCGCGGGCUUGGAAAUGCUCUACAAAAUUUAUAAACCAACUAUUAGAAACAAAUCGGAUGUUGCAAUACUUUUCACGCAUUUUACACUUUGUAUUCAGUGUAGAAUGAACUGCAUUGGCGUUGGUGAAGAGACUCACCUCGUCCCAUCAGAGCAAAGUGAAGACAAUUGUGCAUUUUUGCCAGAUGGUUGGAAUAAAAAUAGUAAAACUUAUGUACUACGCUAUUCCCACGAAAGCACAAUUUAUACAUUGAGUGCUAAGGAAUUCGAAAAUGGUUUAAUCAUAAGACUGGCCGAUCUGGCAGAUAAACGAAGUUCUUCGUUCGUAUUUAACGUUGAAGAACACAUCGAUAGAGUAGGAAAGAGUAAUAACCAAAUAAAAACGUUAAUACCCAAAGCAGAAAAGCUGGCUGAAAGAUUGCAAAAGCAAUUAAUUAAACCGGUGUUGGAAAUGAGUAGAGACUCACAAAGUAGCAGAGAAUUAGGCGGGAGCACUGAUAUGAAUCCUCUAUCAUCAUAUUCAACUAUAUAUCAGAGAAAUUAUCCCUAUAGAAGCGAUCAUCUGGCAUCGAGCCCAAGCUUUGGCCUGCCCUUUACUGGACGCAGUGAUUUACAUCCAUUCGGAAGUGGUGAUUUUGCUGGUAAUUUAUUUCCAAAUACUUUCCGAAAUCCACGAGGGAUGAUGCCACGCAUUUAUCCCACCACUCCUAUGUCUAAUGGUCGUGGGACAAGUCCCAAUUUUAAUCAUCUGCAACCCCCAGGUUGGGGCUUCGAUGAUUUUAUUUAAUAAAAUUAGGUUAAUACGAAUAAAUUAGUUGGGGAGCAAAUAUAUUUAUGUACAUAAAUUGUGAACGUUUUAGAAAAGAAAAUUUAGUUUAAAUUUAAGAAAAUAUAGAAAAAAAUUAGCAAGUGUGAUCAUGAACUUUUGUAUAAAAAUAAUGAGCUUUAAUAAUAAAUACUUAUAAGAAGGCCAAGUGGCCGUUCGGCAUA